AUGACUCGACACGUCUUUACCGAACAAGAAGUGCGGCUCGCAGCAGAACGACGAAUGAAAUACAUUAGUGCAGCUAAAAUCAGCAUCUGCCAGAUUCAAUUCGAACCUCCCUUACCACGGGACCUGGACCCUAAGAAUUUGGACCGGCUACGAAACAUCUUCCGAAAGAAUCGUUGUCGCCGCCUAGAUGUCCAAAACCAUGUUCCAGCAACCGUGUCUCGACAUAAUCUCGCAGAAGCAUUGCAGAAGGCGAAUGUUCCCCAGGAAGCCUUGCUGACAACCGAAGGCCGGCAAAUUCCUCGACUGGAAUUUAGAGCGGGACAACUUCGGGGUCUCCAUGGCCGUCAUCGUGUACAAGCGGGUGUUGAGGUACUUCCUCCGGCGGAUCGCUGGUGGACGGUUGAUCUCUACACAGACGACAUCGACCGAGAAUUGAGAGCGGCGUUGGUGGAUGAAUAUUCCAAUCAGAAGAAGCCGACCGAUGGGGAAGUCUAUCGCAAGAUCAGACAGUAUGAGGGCGAGGGCAAUGAAGCUUUUCGAGAGCGUUGGUUCGUGAGACUAUCGCCCAGCAAUCAAGAGCGCUUGGAUCAACUUGACAAUAAAAAGAACCGUCGCCUCCGGCAUGCAUUUGACCGAUUGUUGGCCAUUCCCGGGCUUUGGCCGGGUGGGAUGAGAAUCAGCCUCCUUCAUCGAUUGAUCGCUUCGGGCUGCGUUGAGGAGAUAGGAACCUAUUUCGAGCACAUCUUGGACUUCUGGUCUUCUCUGGUGGGAUCGGAUCGGCGUCUGAUGAAGAAAAUCGAUCAGGAUACGAUUCACACGCUGCAGUUACUGGCACCAGGUAAAUCACGCACUGAUGAGAGGAAGGCAUGCGGGCUGGUUCUCAGUGGACAUGUGUUUGCCGAAUUCAGUGCUGAUGAGCGAAGCACGAUAUGGGCCAGAAUGAAAGGUUAUGAUGGCCUUAUUCCGUCCUUGUACACUUUCUUUGAGGAUUUCAAGUACCUGGAGAGUUGCGCUCAAUGCCUGAAGCGGCUUUUGGGUCCAUCACCCCGAUCUGUGAGGGAAGGCAUGAGCUCGAUCUUUGAUCCAGACUCGGAGCCUGAGAAAGAUCACCGAGAGAAAGGGAAGUGUAUCAUUCAGACCUCAAAGUCUACCUUCCGACGCCUUCAUGCGCCCGAGACGGAAUGCCUCGAGACAGGAUACCAACAGUUAUGGCUGUAUGCUAUGCGGCAUUAUCCACUGAUGCCCCCGGACCCCAAGAACUCUGAUGAUCUGUUGGCCAACCCCACUCGCGCUAAGCCGGACCCGCGCGCGAUCUACGACAUGGCCCAUCUAGCUCACCGGCUCGGCUUUAGGUCCCCAGAAAUUGAUGGGCUGCUGAACAGUUCUCCGGAUCACCAAAUUGCACGAUCGGCCCUUCUCCAGGCCCGGAAGCCAGGCCGGUAUAGAUACGAUGACCAGCACUUUGAUAUUCUGGUGCGCCGGAUUGUAGAGUGUUUUACUGAAGCUGUGCCCGAUCGGCCCGGUCCCCCGCGAGAUCUUUUGGCAGACAGCACCGUCAAGACGCACGCUCGCUCUGGGGUUCCGCAAACCCGCACCCAUGUUCAAGAUGCCCCUUUGUUAUUCUUAGAUCGACUGCAUGCUGAUGUCGAUGCCGCCGAUACAAUCACUAGCUUUUUUGUUCGGCGUUGUGUCUUUUUCGCCUUUUUGGGGAAGUCAUCAAGGGUGGGGCCAAGCUCCACCACAGAGAAUGGUGGUAUGAAUGCAGACACAGAGGCGGAGGGGAUGCUACAGUCGCCAUUGUUUAUCGAAUGCCACGACCCAAUGGAUGGAUCUGCACACCACAUGGAUACAUCAGGCAGGUCAUCCCUUCUUCGAAAAAGCAAUUUCCCUACACACCAACUGGUUUCCUGUGAGACGGAAGGCUCAGAAGUUGCACCUGAGCCGAUGGACUUAGAUCGGAUAAGUCCUUCAGGUGGAGAUCACACCACUCUCAGACGGACACAUGACGAAUCGGUGCUGGGAACGGAUCUUUCUCGCUGCUCACCCAGAGCUGAGCUAGCCCUUGAAGAUGCUGGAAGCGAAUGUACUCAGAUCUCGUUGGAGACAGUCUCGCUUCAAUGGGGUCAGGACGAAAGAGCGACAGAAGAGGAGCUCAACCCACACACUGCGUCUGUGCCCGAAAGCGCUGCUCAGUCAUUCACCAAUCCUACGUCACAGCGACGGUCUUCAUCAGAGACGGUAAUCCUGUCAGAAGAAAGCCGUCCCCCUAUGUCAGAAGAGCUGGAGGCUUUCCUUCAUGGUCUCAGAAGGGCCCAAUCAGAGCAGGAGGAGCUAGAAGAAAGGAGGGAGAGCGACCGGCUCAACGAAGAGCUCAGUCUACUCCAUCAUAAGCAAACUGAGCCUGAAGACCUAAUUGUGCCAGAUAAUACCCACAACUCUCUGGCAACCUCGGGUGAUCGCCUGGCGGAGGGAAUACACAGAGACACCGAACACAUUACAGCACAAGAUACUGAUCCCAAAGGCCAGGCAUCUACACAAGAGCUGAUUGAGAUCAAGUUCUGGUCGCUCGAACGAAGUCAGUGGAAUCAAUCAGACUGUCUCCUCGUAGACCCGUCCGACCCCUCACCCAUGGAGCGGCUCGCACGAAAGUAUUCCUGCAAAGGAUUUACACUCUACGAUGUGAGCCUCAAAAGCCUUCGUCCAGCCCAUUGUUACCACGCAGCAACAGCGGAUGAUACCAAUGCGAUAUUCUUGAUUUCCGCACAUGAAGAGAAAGCCAUUGUGGCCGCGGAAGGAUUAAGGAUGGAGGAAAAGCUGAUUUCAAUGGCUGCUCGCGUUGUGGGACGUGCACGAUAUUGA